AUGUCAGGCUCUCAAUGCUGUGAGAACCCACCUGCCCUGAGCUCGAGCUGCGGAUCAUCAGGGUCAGUUUUGGAACUUGGAGGCCUCAAGGCUUACGCCACUGGCCCCUCUGACUCCAAGCUUGCAAUCCUUCUAAUUUCAGACGUUUUUGGGUUCGAAGCUCCGAACCUUAGGAAGCUUGCAGACAAGGUUGCAGCCGCUGGAUUCUAUGUGGUGGUUCCGGACUUCUUUUAUGGAGAUCCCUAUUCGCCCAGCAACUCUGAGAAGCCUCUGCCAGUCUGGAUACAAUCUCAUGGAACAGAUAAAGGAUUUGAAGAUGCAAAACCAGUUAUUUCAGCUCUGAAAAAUAAAGGCUUCUCUGCGAUUGGAGCUGCAGGAUUUUGCUGGGGUGCCAAGGUGGUUGUAGAACUGGGAAAGUCCGACUACAUUCAAGCUGCAGUAGUUCUACACCCUUCCCUUGUCACUGUGGAUGAUAUUAAGGAGCUGAAGGCUCCCAUUGCUAUAUUGGGAGCUGAAGUUGACAGAAUCUCUCCACCAGAGCUUCUCAAGAAAUUUGAGGAAGUUUUAUCUUCUAGAGCUGAGUUGAAUGGGUAUGUGAAGAUAUUUCCCGGCACUUCUCAUGGAUGGACAGUCAGGUACAAUGUUGAAGAUGAAACGGCUGUCAAACGUGCUGAAGAAGCCCAUCAAAAUAUGUUAGAUUGGUUUGUUGAGUAUGUCAAGUAAAGGAAAGGAUUCUGGCAAUUAGGGGGGCCGAUAGCUGAUUGUCAUACUAUUACUGGUAGUAGUAAAUAAGGGAAGAUCCCAUAUGUGAGACUGAUACACUACUAUUACGUAUUACCUGGACUACUUCCGUUCUUUGCAUGGUUCCUAUGAGUAGUUUAUGACAUCACUCCAAUAUGUUCUCGAACGACAUCGUUGUCCUCAUUCCAUAGUUUUUAUGCUGAUGUUUACGCUUUGACUUCAA